AUGUCUCAAGAUACUGACCUCUCCUCGUCGUCUUUCCACGGUAGCUACGGUCAAGACCUCUUUAUCUCCGACCUACAGUCCAGUCAGCAAACCAUUGAAUCAACCCCAGCCUCCGAACUAGUACACCCUAUGAUCUCUUCCUCCCUUGAGCGAUUCGGAAACGACUGGAUUGUUUACUCCGAAAUGAGCAAGGAGGAUUUUUAUCUUCUGGUGGCUUCAGACUAUCCACGGAAACGAGCUUCGUGA